AUGUUUGUCUAUCCAUCCUUCGACCCACGUCAGGCUUUCGUCCUCCGUUUAUUUCGACAUUUAUUUUUGUUUCAUUUACUUAAUGUUAUAUUUUUCUUUCAUUUUUAUUCACAUAUUCUUUUCUUCUAUAUUUAUUCUUCUAUUCAUCCCUUCCGUUUUGUUUUCUUUUCUUUCCGCUUAUUUAAUUUUUCCUCUUUUUUUCUUUCUAUUCUUUUUCAUUAUCGUCUUUUUAUUUCUUAUAUUUUUUUUCUCUUUCUUUUUUUACUCUUUAUCUUAUUACUUUUAUUAUUUUUCUUUCUUUCACUCUUUUUUCUCAUUCAUGUAUUCUUUCUUUCUGCUUUUUUCUCAUUUAUUUAUACUUUCUUCUCGCUUUAUCCUCAUUCCUUUAUACUUUCUUCCCGCUUUUUCAUAUUCAUUUGUUCUUUUUCCCCGCUUUUUCUUCAUUCAUUUAUUCUUCCUUCCCGCUUUUUUCAUUCAUUAAUUCUUCCUUCUUUUAUUCUUGUUUCUAUCUACUUUUAUAUUUCUUUUGCUUUUAAUUAUUUUAACUUUUUUCUCUCAUUCAAAAUUCUUUUUCUUUCUAUCAUUCAUCCAUAUUUCAUUUUCCUUUCUUCUUUCUUUCUUCGAACAUUGGUUCGUGUACUUCAAGUUGACACUAUAUGA